AUGUCAUUGCAGGGUUUCAUCGUUGCCGCCGUGCUGGCUGUCGCCGCCGCCGCCCCGGCACCGGAGACGCCGGGCUACAAGCCCGCUCCGGCCCCCUACCACCCGGCCCCCUCCUACAAGCCGGCCUCUUACCACCCGGAGCCCCAGUACAAGGAGGAGGUCAAACCGUUCGCUUACGAGUACGCCGUCAAUGACGACUACACCGGUACCAACUUCGCCAAGAGGGAGGAGAGCGAUGGCCACAACACCCAGGGAUAUUACUCAGUGGCUCUGCCCGACGGCCGUAUCCAGCACGUCAACUACGUCGUCGACAACUACGGCGACUACAGCGCUGAGGUCACCUACGAGGGAGAGGCCCAUUACCCCGAGUACCACCCCGCCCCUGCCUACAAGACUGCUGCCCCGGCUUACAAGCCUACCUACAACCAUCCCGCUCCUGCCUACAAGCCUGUCCACAAACCCGUUUACAGCUCUCCCGCUCCGGCCCACAAGCCUGUCCACAAUGUUGGCUACAGCCAUCCUGCCCCUGCCUACAAGGUCACUGUUCCGGCCUACAAGCCUAUCCACAAGCCCGUUUACAGCUCUCCCCGCUCCGGCCCCACAAGCCUGUCCACAAGCUGGGUGGGACCCGAGCUGUGGCUGGGGCAGGCGCGGCACCCGUCUCUGUGCCAAGGAUGCGGCUGGGCGCGCCCGAGCGUAUCGAAAAUCGCCGCCGGUUUGAUGAGCGCGCUGGGCGAUUUCACACCGUGA